AUGGGUUGUGGAUCUUCCAUAGAUGUAUAAGAUGAUAAGACUACUUUCUUGCUGAAUCAAGCUAAUACUACAAUCACUGAUAAUGAUUCAAUAUACUUAAUGAAAACAGACACUAGUAACAGAUAAAUUACAGAAAAUGUCUAAGUCUUGAGAUAAAAGAAAUCAGGUAUUUAUUAUGAAUAUUAAGAGCAAUUUGCAUUAACUUUUUAACGAAAACAUUAAUGAAUCAUUUUAUAUUCUAUUCUCUUUCAGAUGAAGUUAUUAUGGGUAUAAUAAAUAAGAUGUUUUACUGUUGUUUACAUAGUAAUACUAUCCUUUAUCCAAAGGAAUGUGUUGCAUCAUGUUUUUUGAUUUUAGAAAGAGGGAAUUUAUAAUAUGAAGGAUGUUCUUUAUAAAAGGGUUCUACCAUUGGUGAAUUGUCUUUGUUAUUGCAUUUAGAGAAGUAGAAGAAUGUGAAAGCAAUAGAUGAUUGUUUCUUUUGGGGUUUGGAUAAAAAUACAUUUUUAAAUUCUUUGGAUUAUAUAAUGGCUAAAUAAUAUCUGUAAAAUAAAUAAUUCAUUACUGGACAAUCUUUUUAUUAAUUCUUGACUCCUAUGUAAUAAGAUGGAUUGGCUUAAAAUAUCAUUGUUACUAAAUAUAGACCAAAUGCAAUUAUAGCAUAGGAGGGAGAGAGAGCAGAUUCAUUUAUAGUUAUAAAAAGUGGUUAGGCUGCUGUUUACAAAGGAACUAAAUUUAUUCGUUAUCUAUAACCAAGAGAUUGUUUUGGAGAGAAUUCACUUUAGAUGACAACAAAAAGAAAUGCAACAGUUUAAGCAAUAAGUGAAGUAUAAUGUUUGGUAUUGACAAGAGAGAAGGUUAAAUAGAUUUUGGGGAAUGAUGUAAAGAAAUAAUUAUAAUUUGCUGUAAUUAGAUAAAUGUAAGUUAGUUUAAAUUAAAUUAGGAAAGAUUGAAAUAAUUAAAAACCCCAACUUUGGAGAUUGAGAAAUUAAUACCAUUAUUUCGUUUUCAUAAUUAUAAUAAUGAAAUAUUUGAUAUAAAUGAAUUACAUGAUUAUUUAGUAAUAGUUGUUGAAGGUACUAUGAAAUCAGAAGAUAAAGUAUAUCAUAAAGGAGAUUUAGUUUCAGAUGUUUAUGAUGAUUAACAAUUUUAUUGUACUGGAACUUUGGCUAAAUUAGAUAAAAUUAAAUUAGAAUUAGAGGAUUAUGUUAUAGAAGAUAGUACAUAUGAAUUUAAAAGAGUUAGACCUCAAUUUAGUGAAUUGAAUAAUCAAAAAUUAAUUGGCAAUAGUUCAUAUGGCACAUUAUAUAAAGUAGAAUAUAAGAAUGAGAAAUAUGUAUUACGUAAAAUAUCAAGAGAUAUUAUAUCUUAAUGGAAUUUAGAAAAAUAGAUUAAAUAGGAAAGAAAGAUUCUAGAAAUUAUUAAUAAUCCUUUUGUAGCUAAUUUCCAUCAAUAUUAUUCUGAUGAAUAAAAUAUUUACUUUUUAUAGGAUUAUAUUAAAGGUAAAAAUUUAGGAGAUUAUUUACAUGAUAAUGGUUUGUUAGAUAAAGAAAAAGCAUAGUUUUUAAUAUCAUAAAUGAUUCUAUUAUUGGAAACAUUUUCUAAUCUUUCAAUCAUUUCUAGAGAAUUCAAACCUAAUAAUUUUAUUAUUGAUAAAAAUGGAUAUAUAUAUUUAAUAGAUUUCAAAACAUCUAAAUAAGCAUAUAGAACUCAUACAAUUAUAGGUAAUCCUCAUUAUAUGGCACCAGAAAUUAUAGAAGGCAAAGGUUAUUCUACAUUUAGUGAUGUUUGGAGUGUAGGAGUAUGUUUAUAUGAAUUUCUUUGUGGUGGAGUACCUUUUGGUGAAGAUAAAGAUGUAUUAUAAAUUAUAAUAUAUUUAGGAUCCCUAUAAGAUAUAUGAAGAUAUCUUAAAUUAUUAACUAAAAUAUCCUCAGUUUUAUAGGGAUUAAGUAGGUAAGAAUUUAAUGAAUUAAUUGAUGUCAUUGAAUGUAUACCAAAGAGUUGGAUCAUCUUUUGAUGAAUUAAAAGCUCAUAAAUGGUUUAAUAUUUCAUGGGAUUAAUUAUAACACAAAUAAUUAAAAUUGAAUCCCAAAAAACAAGAUUCGAAUUUAAAAAGAUUAAGUAAUAUUGAAAUGAUAGAAAGAUGUUGA